AUGGAGAACGAUUACAGUAGCCUGGUGGAGGAAUUUGGCUCAACCUCGUCAAGAAGCGCCUUUGUACGACUGAGAAAGCGCAGAGGACAAACUCCAGAUAGCCAACAGGCGGUAAUUGUCGGAAUUGAUGCGAGUGCAAAGACAAGACUUGAACAACAAUCUGAUGUGGUUGGGAAAUGGUUGUAUCGCACCGAAUCAAGCAUCGGGAGGAAUCACCUGCGGCAUCAGUUAGUGUGGGAAAAGACAUCACCUUCAAUGCCAAAAAAGCAGCAGAAGCGGAAAAUGCCGUCCGUUAAGCUUCAGCUCAAUUAUGAUCCGGCAAAGAAUAUCUCUUUACGAUGCAUUCGAAAUUCUAGCUUAAUGCUACGGUGCCAGCAAAGGAGUCGCGGAGCCCAACAUCAACCAAAGCUCGACCAAGCAUAUCUGAGAGUUGACGAGUGCAAUAAGAAUCGUGAGUACGGAUGGACGCCAAGAGCGAAGGAGUUUGAAAGGACGUGGGAGGACAAGAACCCAAAGGAACCCUAUGCUCUACCAAGAUAG